AUGAAAUUCUCGCAGAUUCAUCUCGCCCUCCUCCUGGCCCCUUUGGCCGCGGUAGCUAGUCCCGUUCCCGAAGCUGCCUCGCAUGUAGAGUCGCGCCAGGCCGCGGCCAGCAUCGACAAGCUCUUCAAAGCCAAGGGAAAGCUGUACAUCGGCGUCGCCACCGAUCGCGGCCUGCUGCAGACGGGGAAGAAUGCCGCCAUCAUUCAGCAGGACUUCGGCCAAGUCACGCCCGAGAACUCAAUGAAGUGGGAUGCCCUCGAGCCGAGCCGUGGCUCGUUCAACUUUGCGGGCGCCGACUUUCUCGUCGACUGGGCGCAGACGAACAGCAAAUCGAUUCGCGGCCAUACCCUCGUCUGGCACUCUCAGCUGCCUCAGUGGGUGAAGGAUAUCAAGGACCGCGAUGACCUGACCAAUGUCAUUGAGAACCACGUUAAGACCAUCGUCACGAGAUAUAAGGGCAAGAUUCGCGCCUGGGAUGUCGUCAACGAAAUCUUUAACGAGGAUGGUACCAUGCGCUCUUCCGUCUUCUCUGAUAUUCUUGGCGAGGACUUUGUCGGCAUUGCGUUCCGUGCGGCUCGUGCCGCGGACCCAAAUGCCAAGCUCUACAUCAACGACUAUAACCUCGACCGCGCCAACUAUGGAAAGGUGAACGGACUCGUCAGCAAGGUCAACAAGUGGAUCACUGCAGGCGUUCCAAUUGACGGUAUCGGCUCCCAAACGCACCUUGAUGCCGGUGCGGCAGGCAACAUCAAGGGCGUGCUUCAGCAGCUGGCUUCCGCACAGGUCUCCGAGGUGGCCAUUACCGAGCUGGACAUCAAGACCGCGCCGGCGGCUGACUUUGCCACGAUUGUGGGUGCUUGCCUUGAUGUUCCCAAGUGCAAGGGCAUCACCGUCUGGGGUGUGAGCGACAAGGACUCGUGGAGGCAGGGUACCAACCCCCUGCUCUUUGAUGCCGAUUACAACCCAAAGGCAGCUUAUACGGCUAUCGUCACGAAGCUGAGCUGA